AGAACAUGAGUGAUCCAGAACCCUGCAAAAUCAAAAAUGAAGACUCUGAACAACAAAUAGGAUAAAGUGUCCAAACGCAGAGGAAAAACUCCUGCUGAAGCGACUGAUCUCCACACUGUUAUAAAGAUGGCGUUUAUUAAAGAGGAGAGUGAAGAUGUGAAGAUUGAAGAAAUAUUCACAGUCAAACAUGAAGAUCUGCAGGAACAAACAGACCUGAUGGUGCUGAAAGAAGAGACUCAUCAACAGAAUGAAAUGGAAGAGAAACAGCAAGACAUAACGACUGAUGAAAAACCCACACUGACUAAAAAGACUUCAUCACAUGGAAGACCUCGGAAAUCCAGGUGUAAUUUCAGCUGUAAACAGAGCCGAAAAAGUUUCAGUCAAAAGCCAAACCUUGAUGUUCACAUAAGAGUUCACACUAAGGAGAAACCUUACACCUGCGAACAGUGUGGAAAGAGUUUUUGUCAAAAACAAAGCUUUAAAACCCACAUGAGAAUUCACACUGGAGAGAGGCCGUACACAUGCCAACAGUGUGGUCAAAACUUCUAUCAUGCAGGAAACUUUGCAGUGCACAGGAGAAUUCACUCUGGAGAGAGGCCGUACACAUGCCAACAGUGUGGACAAAGCUUCUAUACUAGUGGAAACUUGGCAGUGCACAUGAGAAUUCACACUGGUGAGAAGCCUUACUCUUGCUCUCAGUGUGGAAAGAGUUUUAAGCAAAAUGGCACCCUUACAGUCCACAUGAGAACUCACACUGGAGAGAGGCCAUACACAUGCCAACAGUGUGGAAAAAGCUUCUGUACUACUGGAAACUUUGCACAGCACAUGAGAAUUCACACUGGAGAGAGGCCUUACACAUGCCAACAGUGUGGAAAAAGCUUCUACCAAUCAGCAAACUUGGCAGUGCACAUGAGAAUUCACACUGAGGAGAAGCCUUACUCUUGCCCUCAGUGUGGAAAGAGUUUUAAGCAAAAUAGCAACCUUGAAGCCCACAUGAGAACUCACAUGAUGAUUCACUCAGGAGAGCGUUUUAGAUGCAGUGAGUGUGGAAAGAGCUUUAAAUGUAAAAGAAGCCUCAGCACUCACAUGAAGCUUCACAAUGGAGAGCAGAGUCCUCAAAAAUGAGGCCUUGUCCAGCGGAGCUUAGGGCUCUCUCCCGGGACAGCAUGCCAAACAAGUGUGAACUCUUGAAUACAAAUCAAAUUACUGAUAAUGAAACCCUUUGAACACCUGAAGAUUUAAACUCAAUAGCUGAAGAGUGGUGAAGAUUUUCAGUAACUGUUUUGUAGUGUAGAUCAGGGAUCACAGCCCAGUACCAUGUUGUAAGAGUUUAUACCGGGCUGCAAGAACACAAAAUAACUCUAUACGUGUUUCAACUUUAUUAUGAACUGGAAACCAUAUUUGUUGCACAUUGCACACUUCAAUCAAAUGGUCGGCUCUGAAAAUGGAAUUAGAAAGAUUAGAGGGGAGAAAAUGUCCUACACCCUUAUGGCUCGUUUCCACUGACUGGUACGGUACGGUUCGGUUUGGUACGGGUCAACUUUAUUAGGCUUGCGUUUCCACUAACAAGGGUACCCUUUUGGUGGGCGUGGUGUUUGACAGAAAGUUUCAGUCAACGUCAUUAUUGCUCGGGGAAAUGUCUACAAUAAAGCUGUACAGGUCGCUCAUAUAUCAUAUGAGAAGCACUUCUCACAAAACAGAUGCUUUACACACAUAAAUACUUCUGUAUAAUGUUUAUUAAUAACUUUUUUAUAAACAAUUUGAUUAUAACUGCAGAUCAAUGACAGUGCGAAAUAGCCUACUGUAACGUUUGUAAUUAUAUUAAAUAAAUAAAUGAACAUAUAUAAACACAUACAGCCCCUUACAGUCUCCGAUAUGUUACCAACUACAGAAGAACUACACACAGCAGACAUUUCGUACGUAUUUAGGUUCAAAAACACAAAAUAUAGCCUACAGUCAGUUAAAACCUCUUAUCUGUGUCUGUAAUCUUCAGCAGCAAAUGUAGCCUCUGUUAUAAUAAUGUGCUCCUUUUUUUCCAGCUUUUCCUUUGUUUUUUCGCGUGUCACUCUCGCAUUUGUCAGUGUCUGACAGGAUCGGGUUUCAAAAGCACGUCAAUAAUCAAGUGCAGGUUAUUAUCAUCAGCUCAAGAAGUUUGUUAUUUCAGAUAUAGACGCGCGCAGAGCUCAAGGAAGAAAGCGAAACCGCUCGCGCUUCAAACUGCCUCGUAAAAACUACGCGGCACAGGAUAAAUCUGUUCUACUCCAUGGCUUUGUGGCUGUUUAUCAAGACGACGACAAGGUUUGUUUGAGUCCGGAUCGAUCAUGGCUCGUUAUUAUAUGUAUUUAUAAUUCCGCUGUAAUCUCUCGGCUGUGUGUGUAUUUUAAACAUGGCUGGUUUUUUGUUUUCAUUCUGGUUUGUUGCGUAAGCGAAUGACCUAUCUCUGUAAACCAAUAGCGUUCAGCUGCGUGUGUGGCUCCGCCUUUUGGUACCCUUUCUCGUGUUUGGUACCCUUUCGAAAGGGUGCCGAAAAAGUGGUAUGGUGCGGUUCGGUACGGUACGCCUUUUGACAGUGGAAACGGCCAUAUAAUGGCCCGUUUCCACUGAGUGGUACGGUACGGUUCGGUGUGGUUUGGUACGCUUUUAUGGCCGUUUCCACUGUCAAAAAGCGUACCGUAACGUACCACUUUUUCGGCACCCUUUCGAAAGGGUACCAAACACGAGAAAGGGUACCAAAAGGCGGAGCCACACACGCAGCUGAACGCUAUUGGUUUACAGAGAUACGUAAUUCGCUUACGCAACAAGCCAGAAUGAAAACAAAAAACCCGCCAUGUUUGAAAAACACAGCGAGAGAUUUUAGCGGAAUUAUAAAUACAUAUAAUAACGAGCCAUGGUCGAUCUGGACUUAAACAAACCUUGUCGUCAUCUCGAUGGACAGCCACAAAUCCAAGAAGAAGAGCAGAUUUACCCUGUGCCCCGUAGUUUUUUACGAGCCACUCUGAGGCGUGAGCGGUUUCACUUACUUGCUAGCGCUCGCGAGUGUCUUAACAUUAUAUCUUAAAUAACAAACUUCUUGAGCUGAUGAUAAUAACCUGCGCUUGAUUAUUGACGUGCUUUUGAAACCCGAUCUUGUCAGACACUGACAAACGCGAGAGUGAAGCGCGAAGAAACAAAGUAGAAGCCGGAAAAAAGGGAGCACAUUAUUUUUUCAACAAACAUGAACAAAAUGCCAUGUAUAACUAACUUACUAUCUUCACAUUUUGGACUAAUAUGAACUGGGAAUGACGGAAUUACUCUCUAACAGAGGCUACAUGUGCUGCUGAAGCUUACAUACACAGAUAAGAGGUUUUCACUGACUGUAGGCUAUAAUUUCUGUUGUUUUGAACCUAAAUACGGGCAAAAUGUCUGCUGUGUGUAGUUCUUCUGUAUUUGGUAACAUAUCGGAGACUGUAAGGGUAGUAUGUGUUUAUGUUCAUUUAUUUAUUUU